GGACCAGCACCAGGCCGUCCAGGAGGCCCUGGCCCUCCGGGACCACCAGGCAAACCUGGCUCGGCAGGAAAGAACGGAGCACGAGGAAACGAUGGAAGCGCUGGAAAUAGUGGUCCUCCUGGUCGCAAUGGCAACCCUGGUAAACGCGGAAAUGAUGGUGAGCCGGGAAUGCCCGGGGAAGAUGGUUAUCUCGGAGAAGACGCAGGUUACUGUCCUUGUCCCAGAAGGAACGAUUCUCCUCCACAGGAUUAUGGUGAGAUGAAGAAAAAACUGAAGAAGGCAUAG